GGCUUGAUAGUAAGUAAUGCAAAUUAUGUUUUCCUUCUCGAACUAUAUAAUUUGAGUUGAGUUGGGAGAUCCAAAGCCGGUUCAUAUAUAUAAAACGUUGCAGCACAAGAAAGAACAUUUUGUUUUACUUUCCAUAGUUCUUUCUACAAAUUACGCGAGCAAGGAAGAAGAAGAAAGGUUAUCUAUCUAGAAACCUUUGUUAUAUCGAUAGAGAAUUGGUAAUUGCUUAGAAAAUACUGAUAAUAGAAUUUAAAAGAAAAAAUGGAGACUGGGGGGAAUUCUCUACCUUCAGGUGCUGAUGGGGUGAAGAGAAAGGUUUGCUAUUUUUAUGAUCCAGAGGUGGGCAAUUACUAUUAUGGUCAGGGUCACCCCAUGAAGCCCCACCGCAUUAGAAUGACACAUGCUCUUCUUGCCCACUAUGGUUUGCUUCAGCACAUGCAAGUGCUUAAGCCAUUUCCUGCUCGAGACAGGGAUCUUUGCCGCUUCCAUGCUGAUGAUUACGUGGCUUUUCUCCGCAGCAUUACCCCUGAAACCCAGCAGGACCAGCUUAGACAACUCAAACGCUUUAAUGUUGGCGAAGAUUGUCCCGUAUUUGAUGGCCUUUACUCUUUCUGCCAAACUUAUGCUGGCGGCUCUGUUGGUGGUGCUGUUAAAUUAAAUCAUGGUCUUUGUGACAUUGCUAUCAAUUGGGCUGGUGGCCUUCAUCAUGCUAAGAAGUGCGAAGCUUCUGGCUUUUGCUAUGUCAAUGACAUUGUUCUCGCAAUCUUGGAGCUUCUUAAGACGCAUGAGCGUGUUCUCUAUGUCGAUAUAGACAUUCACCAUGGUGACGGUGUGGAGGAGGCAUUUUACACCACUGACAGAGUCAUGACUGUUUCAUUUCAUAAAUUUGGAGAUUAUUUUCCUGGUACAGGGGAUGUACGUGAUAUUGGAUAUUCAAAAGGGAAAUACUACUCUCUUAAUGUUCCACUGGAUGAUGGAAUUGAUGACGAGAGCUAUCAUUACUUGUUUAAGCCAAUAAUAGGAAAAGUAAUGGAAGUUUUCAAACCUGGUGCUGUGGUUCUUCAAUGUGGCGCUGACUCAUUAUCCGGGGAUAGAUUAGGAUGCUUUAAUCUUUCGAUCAAGGGCCAUGCUGAGUGUGUUAAAUUUAUGAGAUCUUUCAAUGUGCCAUUAUUACUACUGGGUGGUGGUGGUUACACAAUUCGGAAUGUUGCUCGCUGCUGGUGCUAUGAGACAGGUGUUGCACUUGGAAUGGAAGUUGAUGACAAGAUGCCGCAGCAUGAGUAUUACGAGUACUUUGGUCCAGACUAUACCCUCCACGUUGCUCCUAGUAACAUGGAAAAUAAGAAUUCGCAUCAGAUACUCGAGGAAAUACGUUCUAAACUUCUUGAUAAUCUCUCCAAGCUUCAGCAUGCUCCCAGUGUCCAAUUCCAAGAAAGACCACCCAAUACUGAGCUUCCAGAGGCAGAUGAAGAUCAGGAUGAUGCAGAUGAGAGAUGGGAUCCGGAUUCUGACAUGGAUGUUGAUGAUGACCGCAAGCCCUUACCAAGCAGAGUGAAGAGAGAAAUAGUUGAGACUGAGACAAAAGAUCCAGAGAGUCAGAAAAUGAUUGCUGAGCAUCCCAGAGGCUUCGAGACAACAGUAGAUGAGUCCGCAAGUGCAAAGGCUUCGGAUAUUGGUCCAAUGCAAAUUGAUGAAUCAAGUGUGAAAAUUGAACAAGAAAACAUGAACAAGACCUCCGAUCAAGUCUUCUCCAAGCCGUGAAUGGAAGAUCAAUACUGUGUUGAAAUCAGCUAAAUUUCUGUAUGUAAGUUGUUUUGCCAAACAAUUAAAGUCUUAAAAUUUUACAAGUCCUAAAAUGAUUUAGUUUCUCAAUAUGGAUAAUUUGAACUUUAAAGAAAAACAAGUUGUAUGGGCAUUUUAUGAACUUGGAAAUGCGGGUUUACUUAUACAACAGAGUGGUUUAAACGUGCAAACUUGUAUUGAAUGUCUUAAACAUAACUUCACAUUGUAAUAGUUUCAGUAAACUGGUAUUAACCUUGUCCUUGUUAACAA